ACGUCGCAUCCAGAGAGAGGAGGGCGAACUGCUAGAAGACAGACGGGGAGGUCAACUACACAGACGCAGUCAAACGCUGGAUAUUGACGUACAACGUUUUCCCGAAGACUCCAACUUAGGUAUCCAUUGUCCUGCAAUCAACAAGGCAACGGAAAAUAUAUACAAGAAGAAUCGAAAAAAAGUCGAAGAAUUGCUCUGGGACAUUAUUUAACGAUGUAUUGAUAGUUUUUCCAACGCGGAACUCGCGUUGUGCCACUUCUCUAUGGCUAUUUCUAAUUAGGCUACCACUGAAUGAGGUAUAAUAAUUCUACCUGUUCACUUUUGUGUGGAUUAUUUUUAUAUUUAAAACGCUUGUUUUAGGCGUUGAUGAUUUAAAAACAAAACAUGUAAUAUAUUUAUAAAGGGAAGGGAAUCAAAUAAAUAAUUGUGUUCAGGUAUCGCUCCUAAAACCAGAGAGGGAAUCUCUCUCUCUCUUUUGUUUUGACAAGGAGUGGAUUUAUGAGCGAUAAUAAUUCCACGUUAGGACUUGGACUAUAGUUGCCACCGCAGAGACAUUUGGACACGCCGCCAGUCCCGACUGCGUGAUGUAUCCGUGAGAGUUGACCCGAUAUAACACAACUGUUUCGGCCGGACUCAUAGGGAGCGGGGAAGUUCAUGGAGGUUAUUAGUGGGACCCGCUAGGAUGGAUGUGGUGGAUGAAACCGAAGCGUUACAGAGAUUUUUUGAAGGUCAUGAUAUUACCAGCUCCUUGGAGCCAGUGAACAUUGACACCAGUAUUCUGGAGGACUACAUCGGUAAGGAGGACGACAGCACUGACAUCUGUUUCUCUGAGGUCCACAGCGGUGCCCCAGGGGCUAACUCCUACUCGUUAACCCAGGCCGGAGUCUCCUCCGCUGGGAGUCUAUUGUGUGGCGUGAGCUCCCCUAUCUCCCUACGUCAGGGAAACCCCCACCCCCAGCAGACACCCUAUCCCCCACCCCCUCCUCUGGGUCUGCUGAGACACAACAACUACCCUUGCCUGGGGCAACAGCACCACCACCAGAACCAGCAGAACCAGCAGAACCAGCAGCAGCAGCAGCAGCAGCAGAACCACAUCAAGCCUGAACAUAGAGGAAACUACGCACCCGGGACGCUCCCAGAGUCCCCCCCAGACUCCAGUUCUGAGCCAUACUCCCCUCAGCAGGUCAAUGACACUCACAUGCUGAGGACCAUGACACCAGAGAACAUGUGUCACAUGACCCCGCCACCUCUACCCCCACACGGCCACGGCUAUCCCAACAUGCACCGCGACAUGUACCUGAAGGCCGAGCCAAUGAUCUCACAGUACCCUGUUGGCCCCGCCUCCAGUGGGAGUGGACAGGACCUGCAACAGACUCAGCUGAUGCAUCAACUCCUUCAACAGCAGGAUGGGAUACCGGUCCACCAGACGAAGAAGAGAAAACCCUCUGACUCUCCAAACAGCACCCUCAACUCUCAGAUCCUCACAGGUAUCAUCAAACAAGAGCCAGUAGACAUUGUUUCUGGCCCAGGUUUGAUGGCGGAGGCGGAUAACUCCUACCUGGACCCCAACUACCAGUGUAUAAAGUGGCAGCCGCACCAGCAGAACAAGUGGACGCCGCUGUAUGACGUCAACUGCAAAGAACUCCCCAUGCCCACCUACCGCGUAGAUGCUGACAAGGGCUUCAACUUCUCCCUGGCAGACGACGCCUUCGUGUGUCAGAAAAAGAACCACUUCCAGGUCACUGUGUACUGCGGCAUGCUGGGAGAUCCCAAGUACAUCAAGACCAGCGAGGGCCUGCAGCCCAUAGACUGCUUUUGUCUCAAACUCAACGGGGUCAAGCUGGAAGCAAUGAACCAGUCCAUUAACGUGGAGCAGUCCCAGUCAGACCGCAGCAAGAGACCCUUCAAACCAGUACUGGUCACACUGCCCCCGGAGCAGGUUACCAAGGUAACAGUGGGACGACUACACUUCAGCGAGACCACAGCCAAUAACAUGAGGAAGAAAGGCAAACCCAACCCUGAUCAGAGGUACUUCAUGUUGGUGGUAGCGUUGCAGGCCCAGGCCCACAGUCAGAGCUUCACGGUGGCCGCGCAGGUGUCCGAGAGGAUCAUCGUCAGGGUAACCUCUGCGUCCAACCCCGGUCAGUUUGAGAGUGACAGUGAGGUGUUGUGGCAGCGAGGCCAGCUACCUGACUCGGUGUACCACCACGGCCGGGUCGGCAUCAACACCGACCGGCCAGACGAGGCCAUGGUCAUCCACGGCAACCUGAAGGUCAUGGGGUCACUGGUGCACCCCUCUGAUAUACGGGCUAAAGAGAACGUCCACGAGGUGGACACUACAGGCAACCUGAAGCGGAUCAGUCAGAUGAGGCUGGUUCAUUAUCAGUACAAGCCUGAGUUUGCCUCCAGCAUGGGCAUCGACACCAGCCCAGAGACCGGAGUGAUAGCUCAGGACGUGCAGCAGAUCCUGCCUGAAGCUGUGAAGGAGGGCGGAGAUGUGAUCUGCUCUAACGGAGAGACCAUCCCUAGACUCCUGGUGGUUAACAAGGAUCGUAUCUUCAUGGAGAACGUCGGUGCAGUGAAGGAGCUGUGUAAAUUGACUGACAACCUGGAGACUCGUAUAGAUGAGCUGGAGCGAUGGAGCAGGAAGCUGGCCAAACUCCGCCGUCUGGACAGCAUGAAGAGUACCGUCAGCGGAGGCACCACCAGCCAAUCAGGAAGCCAGUUCAGCAGGGCAGGAAGUGUCCCUCUGAAGAAGAAGAAGACAGUCAAACCUGGGAGCAAGAGUCCUUCUCCAGAGCAGGGCUGUAUCAGCCACAGGGUGAUGCAGGGAAUCAUUCUGGCUCUAGUCGUCGUCAUGACCUUCAGUGUCAUCUCCAUGUCCGUCCUGUACGUGUUGACACUGCACCACAGAGGCGACGUCUCUGAGAAGGCUGGGUCCAGGUCUGCAGUGGGAUCAUCUAGAAGGACGGCCUCCGGUCCUCGAUCCACCACCCCGACACUUCCAGAUACAGUCCCGCCCUCUCCUUCACUGUCCAAUCCUGCAGCUUGCUGCCCGCCUACAACUGCUACAAACAACCAAUCAGCAACUGCUCUGUCGCCAAGCAACAACCAAUCUACAUCGGAGCUGAGCAGUCUGGGCAGUAUCAACAAGAAGGCCAAGUCCAGGCCUGUGGACAAGGACGGACGCUACAGGAACCGUCUCAGCCACACCUCCGCCCCCAUGUACCUGUCCAAGGCGAAGAGACCUGCCCCUGCCCCUGCAGGAGACCUGGAGGUUGUAGGGGGGGCCACGAACCGGCUGCCUGGACCGGGUGGGCCUGGAGGCCAACAGACCCUGCCUCGGAGACAACGCCGGGACAACACACACAGCAACACAGAGGAGGAAGCAGGGGAAGUAUCAUCCCCUUCCCUUAUAGAUCUACACAUCCUGGAGACAGACCAACACAUCUCAUCACACAACUGUCCCCAUCCUGACAGCUGCAGCUAUACCUUACCACUCUCAGCAAUCAAGAACUCUUCCAUGACACAGAUCACUCUACACAUGAUUUCCAGUGCCAGCGUGUGGGUCAGACAGUGUGGAGCCACCAGAGGACGUCUGUGUCCUGACCACACAGAGACAGAGCUUCAUGCUGGAGAGAAAAAAGUCACUGAGGGGACAGAUCACCUGUGGCCAGUACCCGUACUGUCAUUCCAGGACGUCACCUAUCACUUCAGAGUGGCCAAGUCUAGUGAAGUGAGGUGUGGCGUAGAGGAGGAGAAGGUAUCCACCACCACACCACCAUACUCUGACUUCUACUUCCUCAUUCAAAGCAGCUGCGCAUGAGAGGAGAGGGAACUAAGCAUGCAAACGAGCGUGCUUGCUUUGAAUCUAGCCUAUCCCCUGACUGACUCAGGGUUUCUUAAAGGGACAGUUGCCCUUUUAUCUACUUCUCCUGGGUCAGAUGAACUCGUGGAUACCCAAUUUUUAUGUCUCUGCGGGCAGUAGUAAGUUAGAAGUAGUUUUUCGAGCCAAUGCUAACUAGCGUUAGCGCAAUGACUGGAAGUCUACAGGAACAGCUAGCAUUCUAGCUGUUCUCAUAUAGCGCAAUGACUGGAAGUAGUGUAAGCGACUUUCUUCAUACUGCACGCGGAGACAUAAAACUGGUAUCCACAAUUUCAUCUGACUCUGGGAAAGUAGAUAAAAUCCCGACUGUCCCUUUAACUACUACACCUCCUAUCCCAUCGCUCUCUCUCUCCUACCCAUUCUGUCCUGUACAGAAACAUAUCCACCAAACUACAGCUCCUAUGCACUUCAUUAUAUGAAACCUAAGUUUAUCAUAAUGCUUUAGUGUUAUAUUAUGGCUUAUUAAUCAUUUUGUAUUUUUGCCAAUUUAUAAUUAUCAAUUUUCCUGAACUUGUUUUGUGUCUACUGUACACUAACCAUUCCUUAUGACUGAAAACAAAAACCCUGUUUUGAAUGUAUGGUUUAAUACAUUUGGUUCUAGUGAGAAUGAUGAUAGGAGAGUCAAAUUCACAGUUGACUAACAUUCCGUUCUGGGCUGCUGUAUGUCUUGACUUCCUGUCUGGAUCCUCCCAGAUGGCACCAUAGUCAGUGGAUUUGGAUAUACUACUGUAGAAGUUUGUCUCAAACAUUCUUUGUCUAUGCAUUCCGGCAACAAAAUUCCCAGGUUUCCCAGAAAUCCCAUUUGGAAGAUUCCCGCAAUCAGAAGUGACGAAAUCCGGAAUCUUCAAAACAGGAUAUUUGGAAAAAUCUGGAAAUUUGUGAAAGAUACCAGAAUUAGUUCUGACCUAUCUGUUAGGGAUGUUCAACUGUUGCCCUACGAGGUCCGAAAUCCUGCUGGUUUUCUGUUCUACCUGAUAAUUAAUUACACACACCAAGUGUCCCAGGUCUAAAUCAGUCCCCGAUUAGAGGGGAAGAAUGAACAGAGUUGAAUUUUGAGGGUGUUCGAGAAACUAAACUAAAAAAGCAGCCUAGCAGAGAAUCACCUGACUGGUUUGAGGGCGCUCACUGCCGUGGAGUUGAAACAAACUCUACAUCAGAUUGAUACGGAUACAUUCAUAACUCUGAUACAUCUAUACAGGUAGCUGAUGAUCCAUUAAAGGUAAACGCUAAGAAACAGAAGAAACCAUUUGAAUUGAAAUGCAUUAAAUCACAGGAGUAUAUCAAAUCUACAACAAGUGAAUGACUCAGCAUGAUAAGCCUGGAGAUGAACUCAGAUAACUGGAAACGGUAGACCACUGUAUACACCAUAGCUAUAGAACCCAUAUUGUCUGUCUAGGGGAUACACUGUAUGCUCUCAGCAGAUACAUUGUGUGCUCUGAAACACUGUACUGGAACCACAGAAUUAGAAUGACUCUGAUUCUUGGAUUCUAUGAUUCUAAUUCUAUACACUGUACUGGAACCACAGAAUUAGAAUGACUCUGAUUAUAUGAUUCUAUGAUUCUAAUUCUAUACACUGUACUGGAACCACAGAAUUAGAAUGACUCUGAUUCUAUGAUUCUAAUUCUAUACACUGUACUGGAACCACAGAAUUAGAAUGACUCUGAUUCUAUGAUUCUAAUUCUAUACACUGUACUGGAACCACAGAAUUAGAAUGACUCUGAUUAUAUGAUUCUAUGAUUCUAAUUCUAUACACUGUACUGGAACCACAGAAUUAGAAUGACUCUGAUUAUAUGAUUCUAUGGUUCUAAUUCUAUACACUGUACUGGAACCACAGAAUUAGAAUGACUCUGAUUCUAUGAUUCUAAUUCUAUACACUGUACUGGAACCACAGAAUUAGAAUGACUCUGAUUCUAUGAUUCUAAUUCUAUACACUGUACUGGAACCACAGAAUUAGAAUGACUCUGAUUAUAUGAUUCUAUGAUUCUAAUUCUAUACACUGUACUGGAACCACAGAAUUAGAAUGACUCUGAUUAUAUGAUUCUAUGAUUCUAAUUCUAUACACUGUACUGGGACAUUGGUAUGCUGUAGAAUCCCAGCAGCUGAUAACGGCAUUGAUCAGGUCCAACAAGGGACUAUAUGUUACAAGAACACUGGACAUUUUUACACUGUAUCUUGCCUACUGGAAAUUUUACACUAUAACUUGCCCACUGGAAAUGUUUACACUGUAACACGCUCACUGGAUUUAAUAAUGCUUAACCACUAGCAAAAUACAAUGUGUGUUUAAGAAGUACUUUGUUAGCUAUAUAUUGUCUGUUUUAUGUGUUUGAAUUGUAGAAGAUCAGAGAUGACUUUCUGCUCUGGAUCGUGAUGUUGAUAAAAGCUUUGCCUCCCACAAUUUUCAAAUGCUCCAACUUAGAGUCUGGUUUUCAAGACUAGACCACAAAUACUGACAUCUGAACAACGUUGUUGACACCGCUGGUGUCUUAUCUUCCUCUACAAAACAAGACGGCUGUCAUCUUAUCAUCAGACAGAAGCAGCUCCUGGACUCGAUUGAAUGCUGUUCAUGUCUGAGCUAAUAGAGGCAUCCAUUUUGUGACCUGGGUCUUGUAUAACCGAACAAGAAACGCCACACUAACACCUUCCUGAAUGAGUCCAGAGGCCACACUAACACCUUUCUGAAUGAGUCCAGAGGCCACACUAACACCUUCCUGAAUGAGUCCAGAGGCCACGCUAACACCUUUCUGAAUGAGUCCAGAGGCCACACUAACACCUUCCUGAAUGAGUCCAGAGACCACGCUAACACCUUCCUGAAUGAGUCCAGAGACCACGCUAACACCUUCCUGAAUGAGUCCAGAGACCACACUAACACCUUCCUGAAUGAGUCCAGAGGCCACGCUAACAAAUUUCUGAAUGAGUCCAGAGGCCACGCUAACACCUUCCUGAAUGAGUCCAGAGUCCACACUAACACCUUCCUGAAUGAGUCCAGAGACCACGCUAACACCUUCCUGAAUGAGUCCAGAGACCACUAACACCUUCCUGAAUGAGUCCAGAGACCACACUAACACCUUCCUGAAUGAGUCCAGAGGCCACACUAACACCUUCCUGAAUGAGUCCAGAGACCACACUAACACCUUCCUGAAUGAGUCCAGAGGCCACACUAACACCUUCCUGAAUGAGUCCAGAGGCCACGCUAACACCUUUCUGAAUGAGUCCAGAGGCCACGCUAACACCUUCCUGAAUGAGUCCAGAGUCCACACUAACACCUUCCUGAAUGAGUCCAGAGACCACUAACACCUUCCUGAAUGAGUCCAGAGACCACGCUAACACCUUCCUGAAUGAGUCCAGAGACCACUAACACCCUCCUGAAUGAGUCCAGAGACCACUAACACCUUCCUGAAUGAGUCCAGAGACCACACUAACACCUUCCUGAAUGAGUCCAGAGACCACUAACACCUUCCUGAAUGAGUCCAGAGACCACGCUAACACCUUCCUGAAUGAGUCCAGAGACCACUGACACCCUCCUGAAUGAGUCCAGAGACCACUAACACCUUCCUGAAUGAGUCCAGAGACCACACUAACACCUUCCUGAAUGAGUCCAGAGUCCACGCUAACACCUUCCUGAAUGAGUCCAGAGGCCACACUAACACCUUCCUGAAUGAGUCCAGAGACCACUAACACCUUCCUGAAUGAGUCCAGAGGCCACACUAACACCUUCCUGAAUGAGUCCAGAGGCCACACUAACACCUUCCUGAAUGAGUCCAGAGGCCACACUAACACCUUCCUGAAUGAGUCCAGAGACCACACUAACACCUUCCUGAAUGAGUCCAGAGGCCACACUAACACCUUCCUGAAUGAGUCCAGAGACCACACUAACACCUUCCUGAAUGAGUCCAGAGACCACACUAACACCUUCCUGAAUGAGUCCAGAGGCCACACUAACACCUUCCUGAAUGAGUCCAGAGGCCACACUAACACCUUCCUGAAUGAGUCCAGAGGCCACACUAACACCUUCCUGAAUGAGUCCAGAGACCACUAACACCUUCCUGAAUGAGUCCAGAGACCACGCUAACACCUUCCUGAAUGAGUCCAGAGACCACACUAACACCUUCCUGAAUGAGUCCAGAGACCACGCUAACACCUUCCUGAAUGAGUCCAGAGACCACUAACACCUUCCUGAAUGAGUCCAGAGACCACACUAACACCUUCCUGAAUGAGUCCAGAGACCACACUAACACCUUCCUGAAUGAGUCCAGAGACCACGCUAACACCUUCCUGAAUGAGUCCAGAGACCACACUAACACCUUCCUGAAUGAGUCCAGAGGCCACACUAACACCUUCCUGAAUGAGUCCAGAGACCACACUAACACCUUCCUGAAUGAGUCCAGAGGCCACACUAACACCUUCCUGAAUGAGUCCAGAGACCACACUAACACCUUCCUGAAUGAGUCCAGAGGCCACACUAACACCUUCCUGAAUGAGUCCAGAGUCCACACUAACACCUUCCUGAAUGAGUCCAGAGACCACGCUAACACCUUCCUGAAUGAGUCCAGAGACCACACUAACACCUUCCUGAAUGAGUCCAGAGUCCACACUAACACCUUCCUGAAUGAGUCCAGAGACCACGCUAACACCUUCCUGAAUGAGUCCAGAGACCACACUAACACCUUCCUGAAUGAGUCCAGAGGCCACACUAACACCUUCCUGAAUGAGUCCAGAGGCCACACUAACAUGUUUAUAACUCUCUCCUCUGGAAAUAGUUUUUCAUAUGUACUCUGUUAUUGUCUUUCCCAUACUCACUGACCACUCCCCUUUUUGAUAUACUAUUUACUAUGUUUCUCAUAUGUCAUAACAAUACAGUACUUAUUAUAUACAUGUUUUAGUACGUGACGAAGGACCCUUUGGACAUCUGGUAUCUGAAUGCCUCAAGUUAACAAAGUAUUCUGAUACUGCGACCAGGUGUGUUGAAACUGGUGUGUUGAACACAGUCCCUCUAAGACCAGGUGUGUUGAAGAUCUCACCUGUUGUGUCAUGAGAAAUAUAAAUUAAAAAAAAACCUAAUCAAAUGAAUAUACUUCCUUGAAGAUGACAAAAUAUAAAGACAUUGUACUCUACUGUAUUACCAAUAUGAUGUUGACAUGCAUGAGUACAGUGUAAUAGCUUAUUUAUAAUCCACCAGCCAGCCUUUACAGUGAAACCAGCAUAGCAUUGUAUAUAUCAACUGAUUUAUGCUCUCUUGGGUGGUUCCAUCUGGUUCCAACUGGUUUCAAAUGGUUCCAACUGGUUUCAAAUGGUUCCAACUGGAUCCAACUUGUUUCAAAUGGUUCCAUCUGGUUUCAAAUGGUUCCAUCUGGUUUCAAAUGGUUCCAACUGGAUCCAACUGGUUUCAAAUGGUUCCAUCUGGUUUCAAAUGGUUCCAACUGGAUCCAACUGGUUUCAAAUGGUUCCAUCUGGUUUCAAAUGGUUCCAUCUGGUUUCAAAUGGUUCCAACUGGUUUCAAAUGGUAUAGAAAUUCAUGAAAUGUUACUGUGUAGCUUCAUUUUGUAACAAUGUAUGCUCCUUUUUAUGUUAUUUUAGUUAUAUCAUUAUAACGUUGACUGUUGUUACUCUAUCCUUGUUGUUGUUAUAUUAUUCAUAUGUAAACAUUGUUAUGCUAUAUUAUGAAACUCUGUGCCAAUCAAAAUCGCUAUUCGGCUUUUACCUGUCUCACUGGAUAAGAAAUCACACACACACAGAGAGAGAGAGUAGAGAAUUCAAGGAGUUUGUCUGAUGGGAAUCCGUGAUGUCAUCGACCUCCAUCUUGCUUGAGAAACAGCAGAGAACUAAAGAGGAAAAGGCCAUCCUGUGCCGUGUCACACCGUGUCACACCUGGAGCACCGAUUGAGAUGUGGCUUUUUGUCAAGGAAAUCAGGUGUUAAAUGACACUUUAAAUCUUUACUUCAUUUUUAAAUAGGUUUAUCUUAUUACUCUAAUUCUUAUGGCUUAAAGCCCGUCAGAACACUAAAAUCCUUAAUGAAAACAUAAACACCCCUCCUUCAUUCACCUCUAUACUAGUCCUGUUCCUGCUUUGAAAGUUCUCCCUAUAAAUGUGUGCUUUGUAGUCUUACCUCUUACUUUAUUUUUAAUACACGAUCAUGACAUUUCUUUUGGAGUCUUUGCUGUUUUGUAUUUUUUUUGUGUGUUAAAGAGCAUGUUGUCAUAAUAUGAAUGCAGUAAAUAAAAUAUUGAUUGAAAACAAAA